CUUAGAAAUCUCAUCCACCCAAUCUUAAAAUCUUCCUCACUCAUUCUUUUUCCUUUCAUGCUUCACUGCACAAACAUCGUAUCAUCGUUUCAUCAAACGUUACUCUCUCUUUCUCUGUCUCUAGUUUUUACAACAUGGCUACUGCGGUUACUGCUGCAGUUUCCUUUCCUGCUUCUAAGUCCACAUCUCUUCCGACCAGAACCUCCAUCACUGCCCCAGAUAGAGUCCUCUUCAAGAAGGUUUCGUUGCAAUACAGAGAUGUCUCAGUGAGUGGAAGGGUGGUUUCAGUAAGAGCCCAGGUCACCACGGAGGCACCUGCAAAGGUUGAAAAGGAAUCCAAGAAACAAGAUGAAGGUGUGGUCGUGAACAAGUUCAGACCCAAGGACCCAUAUGUUGGUAGGUGUCUUCUCAACACAAAGAUCACUGGGGAUGAUGCACCUGGAGAAACUUGGCACAUGGUCUUCAGCACCGAGGGAGAAGUUCCUUACAGAGAAGGACAAUCAAUUGGGGUAAUUGCUGAUGGGGUCGACAAGAAUGGCAAACCUCACAAACUGAGAUUGUAUUCUAUUGCCAGCAGUGCCCUUGGUGAUUUUGGAGAUUCCAAAACUGUUUCUUUAUGCGUGAAACGUCUUGUGUACACAAAUGAAAACGGAGAACUUGUCAAGGGAGUUUGCUCAAAUUUCUUGUGCGACUUAAAACCAGGAGCCGAUGUAAAAAUCACUGGACCUGUUGGUAAAGAGAUGCUUAUGCCAAAAGAUCCCAAUGCCACAGUCAUCAUGUUGGCCACUGGAACUGGAAUUGCCCCAUUUCGCUCAUUUUUAUGGAAAAUGUUCUUCGAGAAGUAUGAUGACUACAAGUUCAAUGGUUUGGCAUGGCUCUUCUUGGGUGUUCCCACAAGCAGCUCACUACUUUAUAAGGAGGAAUUUGAAAAGAUGAAGGAGAAAGCACCCGACAACUUCAGACUAGACUUUGCUGUGAGCAGAGAGCAGACAAACGAGAAGGGAGAAAAGAUGUACAUCCAAACUAGAAUGGCUCAAUAUGCAGAAGAGUUAUGGGAAUUGCUGAAGAAAGAUAACACUUUUGUCUACAUGUGUGGAUUGAAAGGAAUGGAACAGGGAAUCGAUGACAUAAUGGUGUCAUUGGCAGCAAGAGAUGGUAUCGAUUGGAUUGAUUACAAGAAGCAAUUGAAGAAGGCAGAACAAUGGAAUGUGGAAGUAUACUGAACAAUCUGUGUUCAGUUGCACUUGCAUGGAUAUGAUGUCCCUCUUUGAGCAGCAGCAGAUUUAUUUUGCUGUUCUCUGUUCUGUAGAUAAUUUGAGGAUCAUGGAGUUGUUACCAUGUUUAUGAACAAGCUUCAUUGCAUGAAAUAAUUUUGAGGAUCAUGCAAUAUAGAUGAAAUCGACUUCGUUUUACGAAUUUCCUAAA